GAAAGAGAGAUAGAUAGAAGGAAAAAGAGGGAGAGAAAGAAGAGAGUCGGAAGCGAGAGGGCGGAGGGUGGAGAAAGAACGACGCGACCAGAGGUUGUCCAGCGAACGGAGGUUGUCGCGAACCAGUGAGUUUAACGAAGGUAGAUGGAGAAAAAGAGGGAGAAAGAGAGAAGAAGAAACGUCGUGAAUUCUAUUGAGAUGCGUGCACAGAGAUAUAUAUAAAUAUAGAUAAAUGGAUAGAUAGAUAGAUAGAUAGAUAUAUGUAUACACAUGCGCAACGCGAAACGUGUGUGAGUGUACUUGGCUUGAUCGUCAUCGUCGUCAACGUUAUUUUCAUCGUCAUCGUGAACGCGUCCUCUUCCGGUCCGAAGCUUUUGGGACAGUGAGAUUUUCUUGGAGAAGUUCCCCGAAAGAGAGAGAAAGAAAGAGAAAAGAGAAAGAGGGAGAGAGAGAGAGAGAGAGAGGGAGAGGGAGAUACAAAGAGAAAUUCCCUCCCGCGGAUGAUCGCUCGUGAGCAGCUACGUGUCGCCGUCGCCGUCGCCGUCGUCGUCCGUCGUGCAUAUCUUUUCUCGUGAACUGUGAUUCUUUGUGCCGCUCUCGUCGAGGGAGGUGGAGGAACAGUGAUCUCUACGACGGGACGGGAUAAGACAGACAGGCAGGAAAAAUGAAGCUCGACCUGGACCGGGAGAAGGGCCUCGAGCUCUUCGGCAAGCUGAUACGUACAAAGAACAUCGAAAGUCUGCAGGGUGAUCAGCCCAAAACUGGUCCCGAGCCACUUCAUCCAGCCGACUCCAAGCAGAAAUUACAGAAGUGCCUGACGACUCUGGACCUGACGUCUUUAGGAGUUGGCUCCUGCGUCGGGACAGGGAUGUACCUUGUCGCAGGAAUGGUGGCGCGCAGCGUUGCCGGACCUGGUGUCGUCUUCUCAUUCAUUAUCGCAGCCAUUGCUUCCAUUUUUUCCGGGGCGUGUUACGCCGAGUUUGGAGUACGAGUGCCUCAUACAACCGGCAGCGCUUAUAUGUACAGUUACGUGACAGUAGGCGAAUUAAUAGCAUUCAUUAUUGGAUGGAACAUGGUGCUGGAGUACCUUAUAGGUACGAGUGCGUGUGCGUGCGCCCUUAGCGCCUGCCUGGACGCGUUGGCGAACGGUGCUAUUUCCGGGGCGAUAGCCAACAGCGUUGGCACCAUACUCGGACGGCCGCCAGAUUUUAUCGCGUUCGUCAUCACGAUACUCAUGAUGCUGCUAAUGGCGGCAGGGGUGAAGAAGUCGCUGGUGUUCAACAACGUGCUGAACGCCAUCAAUCUCGCCGUCUGGGUCUUCGUCAUGGCGGCGGGCAUGUUUUACGUGGAUUCCAACAAUUGGUCCGAGCAUAGCGGCUUCCUCCCCUAUGGCUGGAGCGGGGUUUUCACCGGCGCGGCGACGUGUUUCUACGCUUUCAUCGGCUUCGACAUAAUAGCCACCACCGGCGAAGAAGCGACGAAUCCGAAGAGGAGUAUCCCCCUCGCCAUCGUCUCGUCGUUGAUCAUAAUUCUCGUCGCUUACGUCACCAGCAGCAUGGUCUUGACACUGAUUGUUCCGUACGAUCAGGUCGAUCAGGACUCGGCGCUGGUGGAGAUGUUCGGCCAAGUCGGGGCCUACAAGUGCAAGUACAUCGUCGCGGUCGGUGCGCUGGCGGGCCUGACGGUCUCCAUGUUCGGCAGCAUGUUUCCGAUGCCUAGAAUAGUCUACGCGAUGGCACAGGAUGGCCUUAUAUUCCGGAGCCUCAGCCAAGUUUGGCCGGCGACUGGCACUCCCGCAAUUGCGACUCUAACUUCCGGCAUAUGCGCCGCUUUCGCUGCGCUGCUGAUCCAGCUGGAGGUGUUGGUGGAAAUGAUGUCGAUCGGUACCCUGUUGGCGUACACUCUGGUGUCCACGUGCGUGCUGAUAUUGCGGUACCAGCCGCAUUCGACGAAUCUGAUCGAAUUGCUGCCGCAGAGCCUGCGGACGCCGUGUCGGUCGCCCACGAAGGAGACGCAGGGGAACGGCCAAGUGACUUACGGCAAGGAGCUCAGGCCCGAUCAGCUUGUGACCGCGUUGAACUCGGUACAGACGUCCCAGUCGGAGCUCACGACCACCAACAACGGGCAGCGUGUCACGGUAAGGCGGGUGAGGAGAUGCAACAGCUCGUCGCCGGAUUCGGACGACACGUACGGCGGCGAGGAGGACGAGGUGGGAUUGGGUAAGGACGAUCAGUACCUCGUCAGCGACAGAACGGAGAACAAAUUCUACGGCAGCGUGCACGCGGCCGCGGCCGCCUCGAGUUGCGGUAGUGCUCAUCAGUAUCCCGGAAACACGCCGAUCAUAGGGCCACCGUUAAAUUAUCUACAACGUCGGCUGCAGGCGGCGCAAUAUCUUUGUCCUGCUAUAUUCCCGUGGGUGGACAGAGGUCCUGCUACAGAGGCGUCAGGACGUUACGUCAUGAAGCUCGUUGGGAUCUUAUAUCUCUUGAUCCUUAUUUUUGACAUAAUUAUCGUCUGUGGGAUGGGUAACAUGGGAACAUUUACAACGAUAUUACUAUUCUUAUUUCUCUUCGCCAUAAUCGGUAUACUUCUCGUCAUCAGUAGAAAGCCGCAAAAUAGGAGCAGCGUAAUGUUCAUGACGCCGGGCUUACCCUUUGUCCCCGCGAUCGCCGUUACCGUCAACAUUUAUCUCAUUUUCAAGCUCAGCAUCCUCACUCUGGUCAGAUUCACGGUCUGGAUGAUUCUCGGUUUCAUCAUGUACUUUCAGUACGGUAUCAAGAACAGUAGCCUGGAGGAGGCGAACGCGUCGGAGAACGUCGACGAUAUCGUCGUCGGCGGCACGGCCGGCAACAUCGAGCUGACCGUGACCGAUCACCAUCGGCAGCAGCAGAAGCAGUACUCGCCGGACCACAGCAUCUACGAGAGCCAGCAGCUGGACGCGUUCGGCCAGCCGGUGUUCGGCAGCACGAAUUUCGGCGGCACGCCGAACCAGCAGCACAUCGGCAUCGGCGGCCAGAGGCAAACGGGGCGGCAGGCGGGGACCGGCCGCCGCAUCGACCAAACCGCGUCAACGACGACGGGCAGGAACCUGUUCAUCGAUCAGGAUAGCUUCCCCACCUGGGACGAUUGA